CUCACUCGCUCAUACAUUCACCACUCUCCCGUUCCCUCGCCUUAUCCUCGUUCCGCCUCAUCCUCGCUCCCCGCUCCGCCCACCCUGCUACGCCAUGUGCCCCCCAACAACCGUGAUCAUCACCGCGCCCCAGCUCGGCCUGGCGUGCACGCAGCUCAUGCUCCGCCAUCCGCGGCAUCACGCGGUGCCCUAUUCUACACUGUACGACGUCGCGGCCUCCCACUUCGUCCCGGGCGCCUUCGAGAUGCACCUCCUCUCGGAAUGGACGGCGCGGUGCGACCUCUACACGCCGUGCAGCGCGCCACUGGAUCCAGGCAUGGACCACGACGCGUGGGUCGCCGUGCUCGAGAAGCUUGUGCGCGGCGACGCGCUCGUCGUGUGGUACCCCCGGUGGAGCGGGCGGUGGCCUGGCGCGUGGGAGGUGUGGCGGGUGCGGAUCGCGGGGCGCGUCGCGCGGCUGCCGCUUGCUGAGCGGGGAAUGCGAGUAGGCGCUUGGAUCGGCGCGCUGCUCUUCGCGCUGUGGGUGUGGGUUGUGCGACUGACUCCGAGGGGGUACGAGCCUGUGCGCGACGUCGAAACGGGUGAGAAGUGA